AAAUGCUUGAAGACCCAUACGCACACACACAUACCCGCCGUAUGACAUGUCUUGAUGUAUGUGUGUGCGAGAACAUUUAUUUUGCCGAAUCGCACAUGUAGUGCACAUACAUAAAUAUGCAUCGAAGGAAAACUGCAAAAUCCAUAAACAAGCCGCCGCCAAUACAAGCGGCAGCAAAGAAAACCAAUUUCGAUGGCGACAAUGACAUACAAUUCGAGCUGGAACUCUGUUGGUGUGUGCAGCAACUGCAAACAGCACUCGACAGCGGCAAACUGAGCCAGAAAGUUGCUGAAGAUACGGCCAAGAAUCUGAAGACUUUGACGAGCCAAACGGCACCACUCAUCAAAAAGCGACAAGUCAUGAAAAUGGCCCUCGGUGAUUACCGUUUGAAAAUGCAACAGGAGGAGAAAAAAAUGCUGCUAGCAUCCAAACAAAUCAAAUUUACAGCUGCUACCGAGACGAAUACGAAAUCGAGCUUUGUAAAGAAGUCAGCGCUGUUGACGUCCGGCAAGGACUUUCGCUUCAAUUUUGCGCUUCCAAAUAACAAUGAGAACGAGGCAGAUGCCAGCCAGCCUCUGACAACAGUGCCCCAAACAGCUACAGCUGCCACAAAGACAAGCAGCUGCAGCAACUUGCAGCUGACAAACAAUGAGGCGCCCUUCAAAUUCAACUUUGCCAUUGACGAUGCGCCGGAGGAUAUCAAUUUCGAGGGUCUAAUGCUAAAUAGCUAAGAUUUAUAUCUUAUCAAAUAAAAUAUAGUUAAUAAACAAAUUCAUGUUCUUCU